GGGGCGCGGUGCACGGCGGGAGCAGUUGAACGCAGGCAGCGGAGAGGUUCGGUAUCGCCGCCGUCGCCGCUGCUGUGGCAACGUCGUUGUUAACGGUCGUGCGUUCGGCCGCUCGAGCUGCUUGGUUUAAACUCGCAGGGAGCGGACGCGAAGCCGUUCGUCACACACUGAGCGAGUGAGCGCAGCGCCGAAGUCCCUCCAGUUCUCAGGUGUUUUACUGAAAAUGGCAGAUGAAUUGGAAAGAUUCCUUGAGGAACAAAAGUUCAGACUAGAGCAAGAUAAAGCUGAGUUGGAGCGAGAUCCACCAUAUAUGGAGAUGAGAACAAGAACUUCCGAAAUACACCCUGAUACUUAUCGGGCAACUGACUCAAUUGCCAAAGAAAAUAUUUUAUUAAAGGGUAACCCAAUGAAAGGAAACCUACAAACAAGAGGAGGUUCAGAGGAGAACUAUGGGUUAAGUCUACCACUUGGGUUAGAAUAUGAUAAGAAAAAAGAGAAAUUGAAAGAAGAGCUUCGACAAGACUACAGGCGAUAUAUGGCUGAGGAUGCUACAAAAGUUAAAAGAAAGAAAAAUAUGAGGGCUACAGGUGAACUAGAUCCAAGCACUGAGAACCUCUCGCUUCCCAUCUCUGAUAGAAAAUCUGCAAAAGACAGACUAAGAACUGAAAGGAACAAAGAGUAUAAUCAAUUUCUCAAGGAGCUUGAUGAAUAUGAAAAAGUAAGAAGAAAUGCAAGGGGAGUACCUAAGUAUGGUAAAGAAAAUAAUGAAGAACCAUUAGAUGACUUCAGAGUUCAGGAUGAAUCUUAUCUAGUUUCCCGUCCACCACGUGAACCAGUCCCUUCCAGAAAAGAUGCGUAUACCUCCAUGGAGGCUUAUGAGGAACUCCUGAAUAGAAAGCGAGAAGAAGAGGGUAGAUAUCGUGGACUCGAUCAUCCGAAAUUUGGGCAGAGAAGAAAUAUUCAGACACAAACAGACAGAAGAUCAGAUGAUUAUCAAAGUUACUUACCAGAUAUUGGCAACUUCGUCCAGAAACCGAAGAAUGAAUACAGACUGUAUAGAGAGAGGAGAGAGCAAGAACCAUUAUUCAUCGAAGAGGAUAGAGAAGAUCAAAGCAGAAGACCUGUCUCAGCAAAACCCAGACCUUCGAUAAAUGAGAUCUAUGACUCCAAAAGAGAGCGAUCCAAAUCUGCUACUGUCAGAGACGAUGGCAUAUUUGGUACUGGAUUAUUGUUGGGGAAUGGCGAAAGAGAAAGUGCCCAUAGAAGAAGAAGAGAGAAAUACAGACAGGAAUUAUUAGAACAAAUAUCCGAACAACAGAAAAACAGGAAACGAGAAAAGGAUUUAGAGCUCAACGUUGCUGCAUCGGGGGCUGUAGAUCCAGAGAAGGAACCAGAUCGUAUAAGACAGUUUGGUGCUGUAACUAGACAUCACGAUAUUCGCAGACGAGAUGUCUUAUAUGAUCCAGGUGAAGGUCCACCCGCUGGUCUACCUUCAAGUGGUGCAAGGUCUUUUGGUGAAGAGAGAGAACCACCAGAACAUCCCAGAGUGGCUUUCCAUAAUCCUGCAAUUGAUAAUGGAGGCCCGAGUGGUCUCCACAAUGGAAUGUGGAAUUCUCUUGGGACUAUAAUGACUCCUAGGCUUGCAGCUAUGCCUCCCCCUCCACCGCCUAUGCUGGCACAACAUUACCAAACACCUUAUGAUAAUGCUUAUUACUAUUAUGGUGCUAGAAAUCCUUUGGAUCCGAAUUUGGCAUACUAUGCUCCUGGAGUCAUGGGAGUUCAGCCUUUGUCCUUCGUCAGCCCACCCAAUGGACUGCCGGUACAGCCCUAUCAGCAAAUGCCAGCACAGCCUUAUCAACAAACAUCCUCCAGGGACAAUCCUUUCAUGACAAGUGUACCAAAUUCCACUGUGGCAAAUCGAGCAGUUGGAUUUCUGCCGGAACAAACAUCAACUCGCUCAAAAGAAAAUGUACAAAGUUAUCAGAACUAUCUGAAACAGCAGAUGCAAGAUAGGGAGGAUCGGAAGAGAAGAGAAAAGGAAGAAACGGAGAAAUGUGAUGCAAGACUCGAGCAAGAGAUGAGGAUUUACAAUCCUUGGGGAAGAGGAGGGGGAGGUGCCCCUCUCCGAGACACUGAAGGAAAUCUGCUGACUGAUUUGAAGAAAAUGCAUCAACAAAAUGAAGGUGCUUACAGGGACUAUCCUCAACAAGAUGCCAGAGCUUUAGCCAAACGUGAUGAAAACCUUGAGGCCUCGCAAAACAAAAAUCAAGGCUGUGCUCUGGGAAACGUAUCACAUUUUCCCCAAGGGAAUAUGUUAAAUGAUGGACAAUCAGAAAAGCAAUUUCGUGAACAAGAAAAAUACAAAGAUUUUCUACGUUUACAAAUUGAAGAAAAACGACGUAAAGUAGAAGAAGAGCGUGAAAAAAGGAAGCUGGAAGAGCUGCAAGAAGAGAAACGCCUAGCUGAACAGAGAGCGUGUAUUGCAAAAGAACUUGAAGAAGAGCAAGAAAAGAAAAGACGUAAAGAAGAAGAGCAAAGAGUGAAAAAUGAAGAAAUUAUUCGUUUGGCUGAAGAACGUCGUCAAGAAGCAGAACGAAAGCGAAAGGAGGAAGAGAAAAAACAGGAUGAGGUUAUUCGACAACAGCUUGAGAGGGAAGAAACAGCAUGGAUAGAGAAAGAGCGAAGACCCUCUCCACCUAUUCCAACUGUGAAAAAGAAACAGGAAAAUCAACGAUCUCCAUCUGUGGAUAGUCGUGAAUCAGUAUUGGAUCGUCCACAAACAAUCCCUCAUUCACCACCAGUCCCUGCUAGACGAAACCAGCUUCGAGCGUAUGAGGACAAGAAAGACAUAAUCAGCGAACUAUCCACACUGAGAAGGCAGCUACGAAGUGAGGAACGACGUCUUGAGGGACAACUUCAAAAUGUUGACAAGGAAGAAGAUUUAUUUUCUGUGUCCAAGAGGCGAGAGAAAUAUCCCGAUAUCUUUGAUUUAGCCAGGCAGCGGAUACAGGCCCCAGUGCGACGGCCUUCAUCCAAAGAUUCUUUGAAUUUGCAAAACAUCAGAGAUUUUAAUGACCUGAAAUACAGAGAUUCAGCAACACGUGCUGAAGUAAGACAAAGGUACCCAGACCCUCCGAAUGAUAAUAAUACCCUGGAGAUUCAACAGGAGGCACUACUGAGAGAGCAACGAAAGAAUCUGGACAGGAUGAGGAGGAAAGAAACAGCUGAGAGCUUUGUACCUGCUGCAAAUCUACACAAUAUGGGGCUGACAAGGGAGCCAAUGAGGGAACCAAGUGAAGACUGGUUGAAAAACUCAUUGCUUGAAUCAGAUAGCGCCUUUUUAGGAAGCCAUGGAGAAACCUUCCCUCUUCAGGCAUACACUGAGCCAACAUGGCCUGAAACUCGUGCACGAGACCGAAGACGCCGCAAUAAAGAGAGGCUAGAUUUCAACUCUGAUAGUCCAAUUGCCAUGCACCCUACUCAUCGAGCAGACAGCACCUCUCUGCACUCUGGCUCCACUAUGCAUUUGGAUCAAGUAAGAGCCAGGAAUGAGCAACGUAUAAAGAAUCUGGAUAAUUUGCAGCAGCCAGAUAUUGUUACACUGGAAGAUGCUGACGACAUUCUGAAGCAGUUCUUAUCACAAAACAAAGAAAGGCCGACCUCAAUUGAUACAGUGGCUACUGACCCAUGGCUCCGACCAGGAACAUCUGAAACUUUAAGGAAGUUUAUGGACGAACAUACCCAAAAUGUCCGCCCACCUUCAGUUAACACAUCUGCCUUCAACUGGCACGGUCAUUCCACUGCACAUGGAUGAAAUUAUCUGCCAGAGACAAGAAGCGACUCAGUAGGGAAUACUUUUGUUAGUGGAUACAUCUCUAUGCACUUUCUUUAUAUAUGUAUUUAAAUUUGGGGUCCAUAUUCUCUUCACCAGCAUGUGGCCUUGAAUAAACACAUUACAAAAGGGCAAAAAUCUUUCAUCUGUGAUUAAGAGUGGUAAUCAACAAAGUAUAUGUGCUUAACAGUAAAUUAUUUCCAGGAAUAUUAGCAUCUGGAUUACACUGGAACAGAAAACUAUUUUUCAGUUUGUUAACUGGAUCUGGCACUAACUGGUGCUAAUAAUUGAAUUUAUUUUCCAAACCUGCAUUGUUUCUUAACUUAUAUUAUCAAUGAUUGUAUUUGUUGUAACCUAGAUGUGUGCAAUAUGUAAAUAAAUUUUAUUUUUAAGAAUA